GGAGUUUCCAAGCUCUAGUGUGAUCGGCAGCAAAAUGGCAGCGAGCGACUCUACCACGGACGACAGUAUUUAUCCGAUCGCAGUUUUGAUCGACGAACUGAAAAACGAAGAUGUCCAGUUACGGCUAAACUCGAUAAAAAAAUUGUCUACAAUUGCGCUUGCUUUGGGCAUUGAACGAACGCGUAGCGAAUUGAUACCAUUUCUAACAGAGUCUAUGUACGAUGAAGAUGAAGUUCUACUAGCAUUGGCAGAACAACUUGGACAAUUCACUCCCCUUGUAGGAGGUCCAGAACAUGUACACUGUUUACUGAAACCUUUAGAAACAUUAGCAACAGUUGAAGAAACUGUAGUUCGAGACAAAGCAGUGGAGUCACUGAGAACUAUCGCUGCCCAACACAGUCCGACAGAUUUGGAAGAACAGUUUGUUCCCUUGAUACAUCGUUUAGCCACAGGAGAUUGGUUCACAUCAAGAACUUCGGCAUGUGCUCUAUUCAGUGUUUGUUACCCGCGAGUCAAUCCGACAGUCAAAGCCUGCUUACGAAAUCACUUCCGCAAUUUGUGUCAAGAUGACACACCAAUGGCGCGUCGAGCUGCAGCCUCGAAUUUAGGAGAAUUUGCGAAAGUUAUGGAAAUUGAAUGUGUAAAAGCCGAUUUAAUUCCAAUGUUUGUCAUUCUGGCUCAAGACGAACAAGAUUCAGUUCGUCUUUUAACCGUUGAAGCGUGUGUUAGUAUUGCAUCUCUGUUACCUCAAGAAGAUGUAGAACAAUUACUUAUGCCUACACUUCGACAGUGCGUAAGCGAUCAAUCGUGGCGUGUACGUUACAUGGUGGCUGAUAAAUUCACUGACCUUCAGAAAGCUUUAGGUCCAGAAAUCACCAAAACGGAUCUUGUACCAGCAUUUCAAGUAUUAUUAAAAGAUAUAGAAGCUGAAGUACGAGCUGCAGCGGCCGAUAAAGUCCGUGAUUUCUGUCAAAAUCUCGACAAAUUUAACCAAGAGUCCAUUAUUAUGACAAAUAUAUUACCAAUAGUUAAGGAACUUGUAUCAGAUCCAAAUCAACAUGUAAAAUCAGCUCUAGCGAGUGUUAUAAUGGGUCUUAGUCCGAUACUUGGAAAACACAACACAAUUGAACAUCUGUUACCGUUAUUCUUAUCGCAACUUAGAGAUGAAUAUUCAGAAGUUCGUUUAAAUAUUAUCAGUAAUUUAGAAUGUGUUAACGAAGUUAUUGGCAUACAACAACUUUCACAGUCGCUUCUGCCAGCUAUUGUUGAAUUAGCCGAAGAUUCAAAAUGGCGAGUAAGAUAUGCCAUUAUAGAAUAUAUGCCAUUACUAGCUGGGCAACUUGGUGUUGAAUUCUUUGAUGAGAAGCUCAACUCUUUAUGCAUGACUUGGUUAGUCGAUCAUGUUUAUGCUAUUAGAGAAGCAGCAACGUUAAACUUGAAAAAACUGGUAGAAAAAUUCGGCCCUGAAUGGGCGCAAAACACUGUAAUACCUAAAGUGUUAGCAAUGUCAAGGGAUCAAAAUUACCUUCACAGAAUGACGUGUCUAUUUUGUAUUAAUGUAUUGGCUGAAGUAUGCGGUCCGGAAAUAACAACAAAAGUAAUGCUUCCAACUGUCUUAGGAAUGGCAACUGACAAUGUUGCAAAUGUACGAUUUAAUGUUGCUAAAACUCUUCAAAAGAUCGGACCUUAUCUUGAACCUAGCGCGGUACAGACUCAGGUAAAACCUGUGCUUGAUAAGCUCAAUACUGAUAGUGAUGUUGAUGUAAAGUAUUUUGCUUCAGAAGCAAUUGCCGGCAUCGCAGCGUAGGUUGAACCAGAAAAAAUUGCAUUUAAAAUUUAUCCAUCAAUAUUCAACCUCAAUCUCUCAAGAAGUACAUUUCUGCCACAACAUUUACACUUACACAUGGCAACAGAUAAUAUUAUUGCACAGUCAGAGCAGAUCUAUUGUCAAGAAAUAUAAAAUUAGUAGUUCGUAAUAAACAAUAUUUUAAGUUUUGUUGUAACUGUAUAUCUAUAAUUAUAUUACUUAUUAAAUAUUCAAUUUAAUUGGUAAAA